AUGAACGUUGAGGUGUGCAGAAUUUGCGAGAACAAAAACGAAACAGCGUCAGAAAAGUGGGUACAGUGCGACGUUUGCGGAAGGUGGUACCAUUUCGAGUGUGCCGGCGUAGAGGACGACAUUGAGAGCAAGGAUUGGAGUUGCGAUUACUGUCUUGCGGGUUGCAGCCACAUAGCACCGUUCAGCGGUAUGCAAAGAUCACCAAUGAACCCCGCUGACGUAGCGGUAGCUGGGAUGUUUCGAGCCACAGAUUCACCUACAAGUACUCAAAUAGCGGCCCGGCAAGCUAUACCAAAGGACCUUCCAACAUUCAGCGGGGAUCCUGAUGACUGGCCGUUAUUUAUCAGCACAUUUGAACACAGUACGACAGCAGCGGGAUAUACGAAUGUGGAAAACAUGCUACGUCUGCAAAAGUCGCUUAAAAGGAAAGCUCGUGACUUGGUUAGAGAUAAACUCCUACUUCCUAACCUAGUCCCAGAAGUCAUCAGCACUUUGAAGAUGUUCUUCGGCAGACCAGAGCACAUCCUAGAAAGAAUGGUGGAAAAGGUGCGAAGACUGGCACCACCCAAAGACAGAUUGGAGGCGUUAAUAGAGUACGCGCUGGCAGUGCGAAACGUCUGUGCUACUAUGGAGGCGUGCGAUCUAAAGGCGCAUCUCAACAAUCCAAUGUUGGUCAAGGAGCUGGUAGAUAAGCUUCCCAACCAACACAAGCUAAACUGGGCAAUGCAACUCCGCGACGAUAGAGUGGCCGCAGUCAAGGCAUUCAGUGAUUGGCUGUAUAAAAUCGCAGAGGCAGCGUCAUUAGUGGUGGCGCCAUCGUUUUACAAAACGGGCGCAGUUAAUUCCCACAACAGUCGCCGCCCGGACAAGGGAGUGGCAGAUGAGCCUGGACCAGCACGAGGACAAACACGAUCGAACGCGAUCCAUACGGAAGCAGCUCAGGAGCAAGUUCAACAGAGGUGCGUAGCUUGCGGCGACCCGAGUCACAACCCAGCACAAUGUCAGGUGUUCUUGAACCUUGACGCGGAGCACAGGUGGCAGGUAAUCAGAGCGGGUAAAGCCUGUUUCUGCUGCCUCAAGGUACACCGGAACAGAUGCCGAACCGGGAACUGUGGAAUUAACGGCUGUACAAAGAGACACCAUGAGUUACUUCAUUCAGAUUAUGUUCCCAACACAAUCGGCCAAGACAGACCACAGAGUCACGUGAGUACGCACCGAGACGACAACCACGGAAGUCAGUUCUUUCGCAUCAUUCCAGUCAAGCUGCAUUACGGCAGCAGGCAGACUGAGAUCUACGCCUUUUUAGAUGAAGGAUCAUCCGUGACCCUAGCAGAUGCAUCCGUAUUCCAAAGACUGGGAAUACAAGGCCAGGCAGCGCCAAUGUGUUUGCAGUGGACCGCAGAGACGACUCGACUCGAGAGUGGAUCCGUGAAAGCAUCCGUCCAAAUCUCGGAAAUUAACUGCGAUAAGGUUUACUGGUUGAAUAACGUCCAGACCGUUCAGAACCUAGCACUACCGAGACAGACAGUCAACAUGAAGGAGUUAUGCGACAGAUUCCAGCAUUUGAAAGACUUGCCGCUACGGUCCUACUCUGCCCAGCCGACUUUGCUAAUCGGAACCAAUAACUGGAAGCUAGCAGUCCCUCCCAAGAUCCGCGAAGGAAAAUGGAACGAGCCGAUAGCAUCGAAGUGCAUGCUAGGAUGGAGCAUCCAAGGAUCGGCGAACCCACAACGAUCCAUUUUCAUGCACCACUGCGACUGCGACUGGCAAGAACUCCAUGAUGACAUCAAGGAACAUUUCAACCUGGACGCACUCGUACCACGAAAGCUGCACUCAGCUGAGGAUGAGCUGGCAGCGAAGAUACUGGAAAGCACCUGCCAAAAUAAGUCCGGAAAAUAUGAAGUUGGACUUCCGUGGCGCGGUGGUAUCGACAAACUCCCUGAGAGCCGGAGUAACGCUCUGAAGCGGCUUACCUGCAUGAAGAAAAAGGUCUCUCAAGAACCAGAUCUGUAUGCAAAGAUUGACGCCCAAAUCAGGAACCUUCUAGACAAAGGAUACGCGGUUAAGCUAUCCGAGGAAGAAACCAGCCGGGAGAACAGCCGUACAUGGUAUCUGCCAAUAUUCAUAGCGCUGAAUCCAAACAAGCCGAAAAAGAUAAGGCUCGUAUGGGAUGCAGCCGCAAAGGCACACGGAUACGCGCUAAAUGACUACCUACUCAGAGGACCAGAUUGCCUGAACCCACUCAUAGACGUCUUGCUAGCCUUUCGGGUCAACAAAAUAGCGAUUUGUGGCGACAUUGCGGAAAUGUUUCACAGGAUCAAAAUUCGCGAGGAGGACAUGCAGGUGCAGCGAUUUUUGUGGUAUGACAAAGGCAGCGACAAAGUAGACACCUAUGUCAUGCGAGCUAUGACUUUUGGGAUUAGCUGCGCGCCGUUUAUAGCGCACUUCGUUCUAGAUAAGAACGUGGAGACCACCCAAGAAGAGUUCCCAUUGGCUUUAAACGCCAUCCAAAGGACGCACUACGUUGACGUCUUCAUCGAUAGCAUGAGGAACGAACAGGAGGCCAUCCAGAUCACCAGAGAAGUUAUAGAAGUACAUCGCAGAGGCGGAUUCGAGAUCCGUAACUGGUCGUCGAAUUCGGAAGAAGUGCUCGAAAGCUUGCAGGAUAAUGGCAACGCUGGAACCCAAAAGCCCGUGGAUUUUUGUGCAACAGAAAAGAUACUUGGCAUGUUCUGGGACCCACAUACUGAUAUGUUCAAAUUUAUCUGCAGAUUUGCAAGGCUGAAGCGUGAUGUGCUGGCGGAAAACGUAGCCCCUACCAAGCGAGAAGUAUUACAAGUUUUGAUGUCGAUCUUCGAUCCAUUGGGAUUUUUAUCAUGCCAACCGAUUGGACUAAAGAUACUCCUCCAGUGUAUAUGGCGGCAGAAAAUUGACCUGAGAAACCUGAGAGGAUUCUAG